UAUUAUUGUAAUAGUCCGAACUUUACACCGUUCGUUGCUUAUAAAUAUUGAAUUGUAAAUAAUAUUUGUAAUAAACAUAUUAGGAAUAUUUUAUUAAAGUUGUUAUUUACUCCUACAAGUGACAGACAGAGUCUAGUAAGGAUUUUAUACGAUUGUUUGAGAUUUGAAGUGUUGUGAUCAUGUCAAAAGACAAGAUCCAAGAGGGAAGGGAGUGUAUGGACAAAGCUGCGAAAUAUCUGAAGACAUCUUUGUUGAAAUGGGUUCCCGAUUAUGACAGUGCAGCCGACGAAUACUCAAAAGCAGCUACUUGUUUCAGAGUUGGAAAAUCAUAUAAAGAGAGUAAGGAAUGUCUUAUGAAAGCAUCAGAAAACUAUUUACAAAAUGGAUCUCUUUUCCAUGCUGCUAAGUGUAUGGAUCAGGCAAUUAUAAUGUCUAAGGAAAUUGGCGAUACAAGCGAAGUGUUUAAAUUGGCUAUGAAAGCCAGUCAUUAUUACCAGCAACAUGGAUCCUCUGGAAGUGCAUCAUUAUUGUUGAACAAAGCUGCAGAUAUGUUACAACUAUCAGAUCCAGAAUCAGCCGUUAAGCUUUUAAAGGAAGCUUCAAACAUUUCUGGGACUGAAGAUUCGAUUGGACAAGCAAUGGAGUACACACACAAAGUAGCUCGACUGUUGGUAAAAUUGAAAAGGUACGAAGAAGCUGAGAACGAAAUAAAACGUCAAUUUGAUCUUGUCACUGAAGGAGGCCCCACAUCCAACAUGGGUAGAGUAACUGUUGAACUAUUUUUAUUACAAUUGGCUAAAGAUGAUUAUGUGGCCGCUAAAAAAGUGUUGCACGAUUAUGGAAUGCAAUAUUGUGAACAAGCAGAGAUUUAUAUGCUUGACAGCAUUGUAAACGCCUAUUCUGAUCACGAUUGUGCUCAAAUCAAAAAAAUGCUAAACAGUCCUUUUAUUAAGCACAUGGAUGUUGAGUUUGCAAUACUCGCCAAGAAUUUGGCUGAAAAAUGGACAGUGGAACCUAAAGAGCAAGUUACCAGUACUGAAAACGAAGAGACAGAGGAGUUAUCAACAGACUUUGGAGGGAAGCUUUGUUAAAGCAGAAAAUAUCUUUUUAUAUUCUACCUUAUUUAAUCAAAUUAUAUUUGUCUCUUAGUUUGAAACAGUUCAGGCUAAAAAUUGUAUUCGUCCUUUAAAUCUCAGUAAGAUAAGUCUUAAAUAUUAAAUGUAAAUAUGAUAGUUGAUAACUUGCAAUUGCAUAAAAAAGUUAGAGCAAGUGACAUCAAGUACAUUUUUAAUUAAUUUUAAAUUGUAUAAUAAUGUAACUAUUAAUGCAAAGGAAAAAAUAAGUUACUUUGCCAUUAAUUAUUAUUUAAAAAAAAAAAAA